CAUUUUAGGUAUUAACAACAAAUCCUCUCUGUGUAGGUGAAGUGACUGAAACAACUUCCUAUCAACAGAACUGAGUGGAAGCAACUGAUGUUUGAUAUAUCCUGCUUCUAUUUUCGGCCUCGGCCUCGGCAUCACAAAACUGAUAUUGACAAGGAGAUAAAGACUAUCAAAAAAAAUUGCAUCCAUGUCAGCAACCAACACUAUUGAGGGAAAGGGAGCCUUUUGGUACUGGAUCCUAGUCUCUGUAAUGGCCUUUGCAAUAAUAUGUGGAAAUUCCCUGGUCAUAUUUUUGAUCGUUACACGCGCAAGACUUCAUGUGACGCCAAAUUGGUUCGUGUUGUCGUUAUCGAUAGCUGAUCUCUCUGUAGGACUGAUUGUGGCACCAUCAUACAUCGCUUACACGUUCUGGAUUGAUGCCAAUUUCGAAGUGCUCGUUAUGUUCUACAACUUGCUUUUUUAUGCUUCAGUCGGGAACCUCUGCGUCAUGACUUUUGAUCGUUACAUUGCUAUCACAAGACCUCUUCGGUAUCCGUCUGUAAUGACAACUUCAAUAGCACUGCGACUGAUUGCCCUGGCGUGGGUUCUGCCCAUGAUGAUAACGCUGAUGCCUCUAUGUUGGAAGGAUCUCAAAUGGAGUUCGCCAGCUGCGCAAGAUGCACCCAACAGCACGUUUGAUGGAGCAGAGCGGGCCAAUCAAAUAUACUCAGGGAUAGUCCUGGUUUUAUUUGAAAUUCUCCCUUGCAUUGUCAUGCUUUUGACUUUUACUCAUCUAUAUUUCGUUGUUAGAAACCAAAGUCGCCGAAUAAAGGCUUUAGAAAUAGCCAUUCGCUUUAAUUUGGACAUCAGAACCCAGCGGAAGAGGAAGAUUGAAAGAUCAACUGUCAACGCGUUUUUCGCUGUAAUAAUUAUGUUUGAGAUAUGUUGGGUGUUGUCGGCUUACAGGGCAUUUUGCAGUUAUUACAACGUCUGUGCAAUUUCGCUACUUUUUGUCCAAACAUCAAGGUUAUUUCUCUUUUUCAAUUCUGUUGUGAAUUUCUUUGUAUACGCCUUGCUGAAGAGUGAUAUUCGAGAUGAGAUAAAGCAGUUGAUCAGAUUUUGAUCAAAGGUUUCAGUAGGAACAGUUACUAUAUAAAAGGAAAAGCAAAGAACACUUUUAUCAAAGAAACCAAGUGUUUUCAUCAUGCGCCAGCGUGCGAAAAAGAUGUUAUCUAGCCUCUUGCACGAAAUGUUUUAAUUAUCGUGAAAUCAUUUGGAGGCGGCGGUUGAUUGCACCUACUUACGCCCAAAAGAAAUUGGGCGGAGCUUGAUCCAACAAACUUAUACAGGUUCAUUAUUAAUUUGAUGAUUGUAAAGCAGUAUGUGCAUAUCGGUUUUGUUCGUACGUGACGGGGCUUUAUUAGCUAUGUAUCUAUUAGUUCUUCCAUUGUCACCUUAGUUCACUCCUAGCUCAUUCUAGCUCAUUAAACCCAGUUAUUUCAGCAUGAAGGUUGAAACAUUUCUGUAAAUUGAAAAACUUUUUGAUCACUGACUUUAAGA